AUGCCUGGAAUCUUUAACAUCUGGCCCGCACACGGGCCCGCUACCGCUAGUAGUAACUUCCGAACUGCUCCCGCCGCAUCUUCCGCCGCAUCUGCCGCUGGAAAUUUCUUCAGCAAGCAGGAGUAUCUGUCGUUUGCCGUUGACCACCACGUCGCGACAAAACCGGCGGACCUGCUGCUGACUGCGGAGAUUUCCGCAAUCGCCGGCGUGAUUCCCGCUCCGGUGUUGCCGCAUCACACGCCCGCGUCCCCCGCGGUGAAAUCGCUGCUGUUCAACCAGCCGUCGAUCUCGCCGCACAACCCGCCGCGUCUUCCGCUCGCUGGAAUUGGCGCGCUGCAGCAAAUCCUUCGCACCGCAGCUUCCGGCGCCAAUUCCGUCGAACGGAGUCGCGGCUGCGCUAGCGGCACCCUUCUCGCAGCGCAAAUUACAGCAGUCGGCGGGCCGGCAGUGGAAAGGUCAGCAGCGGCAAAGGCGGGGGAGAGCUCAGCGGCAACUGCGGCGGUGACUGCGGCGAACAGCGGCAGCAGCCGAGGGCUGCAUUUAAUCCACGGGGCAUGGCCGACGGGCAGUCAUGGGAAGACGGCCGCAAGUCACGGCGCCAAGAGCGGUGGCAGCUACGACAGCAACAGUUCCGGUAGCGCGCACGACUCGUCGUCCGUGUGUUUGGCGGAGAUGGUUUCCGAUUUCAUGGAGACCGGCUCGGCUGAGAGCCACACGCUCGACCAUCGCCUGCUUGACGCGAUUCACGGCAGCGAGGGUGGCUAUAACGCGGAUGCGAUGUACGCGCGCAUCGCGGAGCAGGACGCGCAAGCUCCGCGGAUGGGGGAGAGCGGCGGGUGGUGCGGAAUGGGGGAUGUCUCGAGCCUCAUUGAGUCCCUCAGCGCCUGCACCUCCGCGGACGAAUGCCAGCUGUUCGCUGACGUCAUCGCCGCCCUCAAAACAGCCAAGAAGGAAGCCUCUUCCUCAAACGCCGCAGGCGCCAACAGCAGCACCGCAACCAGCGGCAGCAGCAAUGGCGCCAGCAGCAGCGGCAGCAACGGCAAUCUGAGGCGGGCGGUGAUGUGCCUGCUGAGGUCCAAGGGGUACGACGCUGCAGUGUGCAAGGCACGGUGGGAGCACUCCAAGGGCCUCCCUGGCGGCACAUACGAGUACAUAGACGUCAUUCUGCCGUGCCAAGGCAGUGCUGCUGCCGCUGCUACCACCACGACCGCUGCCGCUGCUACCACCACCGCCGCUGCCACCACCCCGUCCCCGUUCUCACCGUCCGACCGAAUCAUCGUCGACAUUGAGUUCCGCGCCCAGUUCCAAAUCGCCCGCCCCACCUUCGCCUUCGACGCUGUCGUCCACUCCGCGCCCAUCAUCUUCGUCGGCCGUCUCAACCGCCUGCUCAAGAUCACUGAAGUGCUCGCAGAUGCCACCCGGCAGAGUCUGCGGGAGCAGGGGCUGCACCUGCCGCCCUGGCGCCGGGCUGAGUAUCUCCGGACCAAGUGGGCUGGCCCGUACCGGAGGACCACGAACCAGAUUCCAAGGUCCGGUAGCAGCUCGCAGCUGGCUGGCGGUUCGGGAGCGAGCCUGGUGGCUCCGGCUGCUGCUGCUGGCGAUUCUGCUGGUCUGUUUGGGCUUCCCUCGUCGCGGCAGCAAGCUGCGUCUGGUCGGCGAGGGCAGGAGGUGCACCAGCAGCAGCAGCAGCCCCAUCAACAACCCCAUCACCAGCCGCAUCACCAGACCCAUCAAAAGCACCUCCAUCACCAGCCCUUCCUCGCGGUCUCACGGCCGGUUUUCCUGCCUCACAAUGCAGCACGCCCUGCGCCCGCCAUGUUCCCUGCACCGCCUGCCGCUGCUGCCCCCUUUGAUGUGCCUGGUAACCCAUUCGCAGUAACCGAGAAGAGGAGCACGGUUACCGCAUACGGCAAGAAGCCGAGCGCGGUGACAGGGUUCGGCCGUGAGGCUGUGGAAGGAAGUGCCUCGGGUGUGGUGGCGAGGCAUAGCGAUGGGGAGCAUGUCAGCCAAGGGCGGGGCAUUGUGAUGCGGAGUGGUGUGAGUCACGUGAGCCAGAUUGGUUUGGAGAUGCGGAGAUUGGCAGAGGAGAGAGCAUACAGGCAGCACGGUUACUGCUGA